AGUCCAUCCAAUACAUUUAUUUAGAAAACAAAUCAUCCGGCCCCGUUAAUCUUUUGCCUAUUUCAGUAAUACUAAACCAUUAAAAAGCAACAAUAAUAAACAAGAUAUAGUGAUGGAUUCUAAUACAGAGAUCAAAAGCAAAUUGGAAACAGUCAAAGUUGUUGUACGAUGUAGACCUAUGAGUGAAAAAGAAUGUACUGCCAACUAUCAAAAAGUUGUGAAACUUUAUCUAGAUAGGGGUGGAGUUGAAGUACAGAUGAAAUCACAAAAUUCUAAGUACUUUACAUUUGAUGCUGUUUAUGAUGGAGGGAAUCAAGCAGAUAUAUAUGAUGAAGUUUUUCGUCCCUUAGUUGAUUCUGUUAUAAAUGGAUUUAAUGGAACAGUGAUUGCUUAUGGGCAAACUGGUGCUGGCAAGACUUAUACAAUGGAAGGCCAACUUGGUGAUUCUGAAAAAGAAGGUGUUAUACCAAAUUCUUUUAGACAUAUAUUCAGCCAUAUUGCCCGGUCAGAAAAUACACAGUUUCUGGUUUCAGCAUCUUAUAUUGAAAUAUAUCAAGAGGAAGUACGUGAUUUGCUGUCACCAGACCCUAAAAGAAAAUUAGAAGUACGGGAAAGAAAUGAUACUGGAGUUUAUGUAAAAGACUUAACUGUAAUUGUGUGCAAAACAGUGGAAGAACUUGAAAAAGUAAUGAUUGAUGGAAAGCAUAACAGGAGUAUAGGAACAACAAAUAUGAAUGCUCACAGCUCACGAUCCCAUGCAAUAUUUAUGAUCAGUAUUGAAUCUUGUGCUACUGAUUUGGAUGGAAAUACACAUGUGAAAAUUGGAAAACUGAAUCUUGUUGAUUUAGCUGGCAGUGAAAAACAAGCAAAGACUGGUGCAGUGGGCUCUACUCAAAAAGAAUCUAUCAAAAUAAAUCUUUCAUUAUCAGCUUUAGGCAAUGUUAUAUCUGCACUUGUGGAUGGGAAAAGUACUCAUGUUCCGUAUCGGGAUUCGAAGCUCACUCGGUUACUUCAAGACUCUUUGGGUGGCAAUGCUAAAACUAUAAUGAUUGCAAAUAUUGGACCUGCCAGUUAUAACUUAGAAGAAACAAUUACUACUUUAAGGUAUGCCAAUCGAGCGAAGAAUAUUAAAAAUAAACCGGUGGUUAAUGUUGAUCCUAAAGAUGCCAUUUUGCUUCAAUUCAAACAAGAAAUUUCUCGAUUAAAAGCACAGUUAGCUCUUAAAGAAGCCAAGAGGAAAAAGAAAAAAGAAACAACAAAAAUUACAGAAGAUGAAACUAUUGAAGAUGAAUUAGAUCCAUCUAGUGUUGAAAUUGUUAAAAAGAUGGAAAAUCUUCUGCAAGAAGAACGGGUAGCAUAUUUGAAUGAGCAGAACAUUAUGGCUGAAGAAAAAGAAAAAAUAAUGAGAGAUAUUAAGGCAAAAGAUGAGGAAUUAAGACUUGAAAAUGAAGCCAAAGAAAAAAUUAAACAACAGCUUCAGGAACUUGAAGCAAAGCUUCUUUGUGGUGGGAAAAAUAUUAUUGACCACACAAAUGAGCAGCAAAGAAUUUUAGAAAAGCGUCGUCAAGAGCUGGCGGAACAAAAGCGUAUUGAAAGAGAAAUACAAACAAAACUAUUGGAAGAGGAAGAAAGUACAUUAGAAAAAAAAGAAACCUAUGAUUCUUUACAGCAAGAAGUAGAUAUGAAAACUAAGAAGCUGAAAAAGUUAUUCCAGCGUUUCCAGACUUUAAAGGAUGAUAUUAAUGAUGAAUCAGAAAUAAAUUCAUUUGAAAGGCAGGACAAAGAACAAACAAUAGAAGCAUUGACUAGGGACUUGAAAUUAUCAAAUCUUGUUAUUGACAAUUUUGUAAAUCCUGAGGACAAGGAAAAAUUCCUUGAGCAUGUUAAAUAUGAUGAGGAUGAAGAUGCAUAUGUCAUUUUUCCAAGUGAAAUGUCAUAUUCUCACUUUAAUCCUGCUGAGCGUCCUGCUUCGGCUAAUCACUUACGACGUCCCAUGACCAGCCAUGCAAUCAAGAUGACAAAAAUACAUUCUGCAAGACCUCGAUACAAAUGUGAAAACAUUGUUGUAGUGGAUCUUGCGGUUCCUCGAAAAAGAACAAUUGACCAUUAUGAACCAGAAAUGGAUCCCUAUGCCCGUGAAGCAAUCAAGAAUAUGCUAGCUGAUCAAGUAAUAAAUGUUCAACUUCUACGUCAAAAUGUUGAAAAGAGCCCUGAACCAGUACAAAGAACAUUGGGGAGAUUUGGGGCUAGGACUUCCUCUCAUUGUGGUCGUCAAUUGAAAUCAAAAGCAGAUAUUGAGCAAUAUCCGGUACCUCGUGGAUUGGUACCCAAAUAAACUUACGAAGAAAUUAUUAUUAUUAAUGUGUCUCAACUGUGAUAUAUUUAUUUUAGUAUUUCAGUUUAUUUAUUUUGUAUGCCAUGCUCUAAAGAUUUGUGUAGUCCAUCACUUUGCAAGAAUUAAAAGUUGCUCAGGUUUAGUGUAACCAUAGAAUAUUACCAUAAAAAUGAAAUGUUUUUUUCAAAUUUGGGCUUCUCACAACAUUUAUGUAUGUAAGGAAUUGAUUUUUAUCUCCUUUGGGAGGAUUUAAAAAAUGCUAAUGGUGCUUAUGCAUUUUUUAAUUCAGUGUUCAUUGAGUUUUUAUUUUACUAAAUUUUUAAAUACAACAUUUUAUGUAUUUUAAAUGAAUUUUAUAUUGUUUCUUUUUCAAUUCUUUUUUUCUCCCUGAAAAUUACUAUUGUUAUUAUUAUUAUUUUUAGAAAAGAUUAGGAUUUUAUGCAAAAUCAGUUAUAUAUAUUGACCGUUAAAGCUAAAUUUCAAAUUUGUCUAAAAUUUGGAGUUUAAUUUUCCAAGCAUUUUAGU